AUGGCCGAUGGGUUCGACUGGAGACAAACAAUUCUGCUAACGGACGCUGAUGCGUCUACGUCAACUUCGGAAUCUUUGUUUCCAGCCCCGAUCUCUCGGCAGGACGACGGCGAUGCCCAAUAUCUCGCAAUUAAUAAAAUCGCCAACCCUGAUAUGGCGCGGGUUCGGGAAAUCCUAAGGAUUCCGGAAGACAGUUUAAAACGCGAGCAGAUUCAAAUACAAUAUCCGGAGUGGCCUGCCGAUGUAUCCGCUAAGGGGGCUUGGAAGGAUGUCUUGACCCUUUUAAAAGACGUCGUGGACGAAUUUGCCAACGGUGUCAUGAUCAACGGAAAGAUGCGAUAUUGGGAUUUUAGCAAAGGUUAUUCCUAUGACCUCCAGGCAUCCGACGUUCAGGUGGCUGUGGUUAAAGCCGCAUACGACGCCUUAUAUUCAAAAACCCCUAUUGAAUUCGUGGUAAAACGGUUGGAACGCUGUAAAGAUGACUGGGCAUUGGAGUAUCUACUGAAUACAAGAGCAAGGGCACAUAAGCGACGAGAAAGUAGGGCAGCUCGUGGUGCUGGGUAA